GGGUUCGAGCUGCUGUGAAGCUACCGAUUUUGUGCUCCAAUGGACGACAUGGAAGACGACCCAAGGUACCAUCCGAAAUCCUACUCUGCAAGCCACCAUAACUCUUCUGGUCGCCGGAAAAUCCAUACCCGAAACAACCAAUAUUCUCGUCCGGUUCCCAACCGAUACGCGGAGGAUGACGACGACGAAUUGGACGAUUUUGACGAAGGAAAUGGCCGGGAAGACCAAUACAAUGACGAGGAAGACGAGCACAGACAUGGGUUUAAUCGGAAUUUUGACGCGGAUGAAGAUUUUGAAAGGCACCCAAAGAAGAGGAAGGUGAAGAAUUUGGAAUCAAGGUACGAAUUUGCCCCUCGGGUGAGAUUGCCAAACCGGGAACCAGGUUUUCGGGCUGAAGAGGAGUGGACGGAGCACGCGGUUUUUAUGCUGUUGGAGGUUUGGGGUGAUAGGUUUCUUCAGCUGGGGAGGAAGAGUUUGAGGUCUGAUGAUUGGAAUGAGGUAGCAUACAAAGUCUCAGAGGCGUCGAAGAUUGAGAGGACCGAGACGCAAUGUAAGUCGAUGUUGGAUAUGCUUAAGAGGAAGUAUAAGAAGGAGAAGGAGAAAAUGGAAGAAAUGGGGUUGAACUCUAGCAAAUGGGCUUACUUUAAGAAGAUGGAAAUGUUAAUGGCAUCUUCGUCGAGGCAGGAAACUGGGCUUGCUUGUGGGGUUGAUUCUGGGGAGUAUGUGUUUAUGAACACAAGGGUUUAUUUGGAGCAGUCGAAUGGGUUCGAUGAGAUGAGGGAUAGUCCUGGUGAGUCAGAGACAGAUGAUGAUGGUGAUGAGAAUGGGAAUGAUGAUUUCGAUGUGUUUCCACCAAGAAUGGCUAUGCGUGGAGAGGACGGGGAUGAAGGGUCUUCGUAUAGAGUGUUGGCGGAUUCAAUUCACAAGUUUGGGGAGAUUUAUGAGAAGAUUGAGAGUAGUAAGAGGCAGCAGAUGAGGGAAUUGGAGAAGAUGAGGAAAAAUUUCAACAAGGAAUUGGAGUUGCAGAAGAAGCAGAUUCUUGAGAGGGCGCAGGUGGAAAUUGCGAAAAUUCAGGAGGCAGAUGACGAUGAUGAGACAGAUGUUUCUGUUGACGAUCUCAGUGAAUGAUGCAGGACUUGUGAUGAUCGAGAAGGACGGGGACAUAAAUAACUGUUCUCAACUGUUUCGGAGAUGAACUUAUCCUCCCGGCUCAAGUAAAGAAUGCGCUAACAUCUUAUAAAAACUUUAUUAUGUAAUUUGAUGGCACAGGAGAUUUUGAUUAACCUGCAAGACAUUCGUCUGUAAUCUGUUACUGUAAUAUCUACUGUUAUCCUUUAGUUUUAUGAAAUUAUUUUUGUUUCGGUAA